AUGAAAAAACUUCUCAAUGCUGCAUCAUCCAAGUGUCAUCACCUCUUCUGUUUUAUCAAGCAACAACAACACUCACCAAUAGUCACCCCAAUAAUAAGGAGCUACUCAUCGGGAUUUGUUGAAAAUCCUCACACACAAGAGGAAGUCAAUGGUUUAAUUUAUAUUCCGAAUUAUCUCUCAGAGGACAAGGCCAACCAAUUACUGGCACAUCUCGAUUCUCACUCAUGGUUCGAUUCAUUAAUUUCUCGGAGAAUACAGUGCUACGGUAUUCACUAUUAUUUCACCAAAUUAUUCCAUCCUGGUCUACAGCCCAUGAGAAGAAGUAAUUUACCUCUUCAAGAACUUGAAUUUGUUACCAAAGAUAUCGAGCGAGAUUUUAGUAGUAUCGGAAUUAGAUUUAUGAAGGAUGAAGAAAUUGUAGGACUUCCCGACUAUUAUGAACGAUACAACUCGACAACAUCUCUCAGCAUGUCAUUGAGCUCAUCAGAAUUGUCAUCUCGUCAUUCCACCAUUAUUCCAAGUCUUGAUGAUGACACUACUAUUCACCAAGUUACUCAUGAAGACGACAGAAUUAAUCAAUGCCUCGUUCAAGAGUACUAUCAUCACACCAUUGCAAAACAUGUAGACAACACAAAUGUAUUUGGUAAAGAAAUUGUGGGUCUUUCUCUCGUGAAUGCUUGUGAAAUGGAUUUUGAACAUGCAGAAAAUCCCGAAAUUAACUUUAAGCUCUUAGUAGAGCCAAAUUCCUUACUUAUCAUGACGAAAGAUUCUCGGUUUCAAUGGAAACAUGGUAUUAAGCGAAAGAAACAUCACCCGAGAAGAAUUUCCUUGACAUUUCGUCAUUUGCUGUAUUCUCCUGAAACGACGAGAGUGGAGUGA